AGGACUUGUGACACGUAUACAUAAGAAACAAGGGGAAAAAAAAAUGUUUUUAACACGUGCAUUUUAUUUAUAUUGUCAAUUAUUAUUAAUUUACAUUAAAAUACUAAAAUUUAAGUCUCCAGCAAAAUUAUAAUUUAAUCUCAACACUAAAAAAGAAGAAGUUAAUUUCAUUCUUGUGAAAAAAAAGAAUGAAAUUAAAGGAGAAAAAGUGAUUAAAUUGAAAAUUAUUAAUCAAUUUUUGUAAAAAUUGUAUUUAAAAAAAAAAAUACAUAUAUAUAAUGUAGAAAUGGGUAACUGUGUGCAGAUGACUAUUGAGGAAUUUCACCGCAGAAGAUGUCCUCAAAAAACCAUUGUUUUACUUAUGGCUGGAAUUGAUAAUGCUGGAAAAACCUCUGUUUUAAAUCGAAUUAGUGGCGAUGUUAGUCAAAUUGUUUUACCGACAAUUGGAUUUCGUACAGUGACAUUAAAAUAUAAGACAUGUAAAAUAAAAAUCUAUGACAUUGGAGGAGGACCGCAAAUUCGAUCAAUUUGGAAAAAAUAUUAUAGUGAUGUUCAUGGAAUUAUUUAUGUCGUGGAUGCCAGUGAUUUGUCACGACUUUCAGAAAGUAGAGAAGUUUUUAAUGAUGUUAUAACACAUGUACAUAUUUCGGGAAAACCAGUUUUAUUAUUAGCAAAUAAACAAGACUUGAGAGGUGCAAUUGACGAAUUAGAUAUUGUUGAUAAUUUAAAUAUAGAAGAAUUAGCAAAUUCAAUGAAAUGUCCAACGAGAGUUGAAAUUUGCUCUUGCAUUGAUGCAGAUUUUAAAGAAAUUGCAAUUAUUGAUGGUUACAGAUGGUUACUUGAAACAAUUUUAAGACAGUACAAUACGCUAAAUAGUCGUAUAAAACGUGCUGAAACUCCAAAAUAUCGAAAAUUAUCCGCCAAGUCUUCCAUCUUAUCAAAAGCAGGCAAUCCUUUUAAACCAAUCAGAGAAUUUCUCAAAGAUCGGAACACCGUAGCGCCGGAAAUUGAAUAAUUCGACAAAGCCAAAAUAUUUUUUCCACAGACUGAAUUUCAUUUUUUAUACUAAUUAAAAAAUCAAUUUCUCAACAUUAGAAAUCUCAGGGUAAUUUUUUGUAUUUAAGGAGAUUACUAUUAAAGAAGGAAUAGUUAAAUAUAGAAAAAACUAGAAUAACUAAUAUAUUAAAAAAAAAAAAAAAAAUACUAAUUAAAUUUAAAAAAGAAAAAUAUUAAAAUAGAAACAAAAAGAAAUAAACGUCUAUUAAAGAAAAUGAGGAAAACUGAUUUUUUUUGUUUUCAAUCAACGAAGUAUAUUUAAUGACAAUGAGACGAAUUAAUUGACGAAAAUUCGCUUCGCAGUAACAUUUUCUUAAAAGUUUUUUUCUUCCUCCCCACUCUCAGUAAUCAUUCUUUUUGAAAUGUAAUAGCGAUUCGUACAAUAUUUAUAACAAAGAAACAACAAUCACUCUUUUUUUUAAAUUUUAUCUAAUAAUUACUAUUCAAACAGAUAGUGGUUUACAUUUAUUAAACCUAACUGUACUAUUAUUCUGUACAGUAUUAUAAAAUGCGGAUAGAAAAAAAAGUUUUCUUUAGAAAAUGCAAAAUUAGUGCCUCUACCCUUUUUGUGUGUGUGUGUGUGUGUGUUUGAGAUAUUUACCUAAAUUACCAAUUUUCGAGACUAAGCUUCAAUUUGUAAUUGAGAUAAUAAAUCUUCUACCACUUUAA